AUGAUGACGUGCCGUCUGCUGUGCGUCCUGUUGGUGCUUGCGCUGUGCUGCUGCCCGUCCGUGUGCGCGGGAGACACUCAGGAGGUCACUGAAGACCAAGCUGAUAUAAAAGACCUCAAUUUGUCGUCUCUUUCACCUGAAUCCAAGGCAGCUGCACCUAAUGGAAGCGUCACCGGUCCAGCGGCCCCUGCACCAGGAGGAACACCAGGGAACAUUCAGGCUGCUGAAAAUUCAACCACUGAGCCGGCUGCGGAAACAAUUAAGCCAGAGGCGCCAGUUUUGGCUGAUCUGGAAACAAAAGUAAAUACCGUGCCAAAUACAUCACUGACAGAGGUUACGAACGGUAAUAAAGGGUCAGAAAUUGACACGAUACAAACCGCCGAUCAAACAGAUAAUAAUGUCAAAGUUGUUACUGAGACAACCGAGUCGAUCACUACAACAGUCUCACCGGAGAACACUAAGAGUCCUGAAGGUAAUGGAAAAGGCGCUAAUUCAUUGCCCUCUGCAUCAGAAGAUAAGCAGGGUACCGGUAAUUCAGGGUCGUCAAGUUUGAGGUCCUCUGCGGGCUCGGGAAGAAGUGCCGUACAGAGGGAUUCUACCGUUACGGAACCGCAGUCAAAUAACGCGCUCAAUACGACGCAGACAGAAAAUAAUAAUGGUACUACAGGACCACGAAGUGGCACAAGUUCUUCCGCUGACCAAACAGGUAAGAACGCGGAAGAUGCCGCAAAGACCACUACGACCACCACUACAACACAUGCACAAAGUACUACGACUACAGAGGCGCCAGCUGUGUCGACCACCCGUGCGCCGUCACGUCUUCGCGAAAUCGACGGCAGCCUCAGCAGCUCUGCGUGGGUGUGUGCUCCGCUGCUGCUCGCCGCAUCCGCGCUGGCGUACACCACUCUGGGCUGA